UGAAAACAUAAGUCAAAGAAUUAAUCCUCCCACCCCAUCAUUUUUUCUCUCUUAAAUCGCAGUCCCAAAGGAUUAGAAAUCUAGAUCUACACUUACCGUUAAACUGCUUCCGGCUCGAUCCCGUUACCGGCAACUGGUGCUCUCUGGCUGGAAGGUGUCUUGAACGGAAUCUCCGCCGGAUAUUUACAUAUAGCGUAGCCGGAAUGAGUAACGGAGAGCUGCUCCGCAUUGAACCCGUUGACCUGCAAUUUCCAUUCGAAUUGAAGAAGCAGAUCUCAUGUUCUAUGCAUUUGACAAACAAAACGGAUAACCAUGUCGCUUUCAAGGUGAAAACAACAAACCCUAAGAAGUAUUGUGUGAGGCCAAACACUGGAAUUUUGACUCCGCUCGCUGCUUGUGAUGUCAUAGUUACAAUGCAAGCACAAAAGGAGGCCCCAACAGACAUGCAGUGCAAGGAUAAGUUCUUGCUUCAAAGUGUGGUUGUGAGUCCUGACACCAUGGCGAAGGAUAUUAUUCCAGAAAUGUUCAACAAGGAGUCAGGGAACCAUGUUGAUGAAUGUAAGUUGAGAGUAGUGUAUGCCACACCUCCUCAACCUCCAUCGCCUGUGCGCGAGGGUUCUGAAGAAGGAUCCUCACCAAGGGCUUCACUAUCUGAAAGUGGAGCAGUGAGUUCAUCAGAGCAGAGUAAUGUUUCAAGAGCACAAAGCGACCCACAAGACAAGUCAUUGGAGGCAAAAGGCCUAAUUUCUAAGCUUUCAGCUGAGAGGGAUUCUGCCAUUCAAAUAAAUAACAAGCUCCGGCAGGAAUUGGAACUUUUAAGACGGGAAUCAAACAAAAGUCGAAGUGGCAUUCCGUUUAUGUAUGUUAUUAUCAUUGGUUUGCUUGGUAUUCUUCUCGGCUAUCUUUUCAAGAGGGCAUCAUGAAGGCUGCAUGACAUGGUUUCCCUGAUACGAUGUCCAAUCCUCUGGCUCUUUGGAAAAUUCAGAAAUCUUGAAGAAAGUGUGACUAGUUCAGGAAACCUUUGUUAUGAUUUGUUGUCUGAUUGACUUCAAGAAUUAAAGGAACAGGUGUUAUUGGUUCGUUGGCAGAGCUUCAAGAGCAACUUUUGUGGUUUUCUUUUAAUUCGACAUUAUUCUUUUGUACUUAAAUUUAUGGGUGUUCAGACUUCAAACUGAUUGUGUGCGGUGCUUAACUGCCCAAUUGGAAUUUGGAUGUUAAAGUUGGUUAGUUGACCUCUGAGAUCCCAUUUGAUGGCUGAUGGAGUAAUGAAUAACUCCAUGUGGUCUUGACGCAACCAGAUAGAGAUCUAUUGUAGGAGCUGAUCCUUAGACUCUAA